CGCUCAGAGUUUAACACGCGAAAGAAGUAGCAAACAGAUUGUUAAAAGAGAACAUAACACAACUAAUUUCGUUAAACUACUGGUUAUUUCAAACAUGAACGGAAUAAAGGAAUUGUGCUGCCUGCUUAUGGUUGUUGUAGUAAGCUCGGCACCGACAAACGUGGACAUGAAAGAUGAAGUUUUAUCAGUUUGUCAAGGGAAGCCGGCGGAGCUCUUCUUCCUCCUAGAUUCGUCCUCCAGCAUAUGGUCAGUUGACUUCCGGAAGCAGAUCCGCUUCGUGAGCGACAUGGUGGACAACUUUGAGGUGGGGCCAAACAAGACGCGCAUCGGCGUCGCCUCUUUCUCGUACCACUACCGGGAGAAUAUCGAGCUGGACACAUACGACGACGCCAACUCCGUGAAGAAAGCCAUUGACGUCAUUCCGCAGUAUUUCGGCGGCACGUACACAUUCGAUGCGCUUGACGGUGUGCGCACGCGCGGACUCCGGGGGGAAGUGGUUAGACCCGGUGUGGUGAAGAUUGUUAUCGUUCUGACUGACGGACAGUCGUACAAUGAGGAGAAAACCAAGGCGGCUGCCAUGAAACUGAAGGAAGAGGCGAUCGUUUUCGCGAUUGGCAUCGGCAGCAAGACCGAUCGGGACGAGUUGGUUGCUAUAGCGACCGAGCCGACCGACAAACACGUGUUUGAGGUGGGAAACUACGGCCUUCUGGACACCAUUAAAGAACGACUGGCAAUCACCGCCUGUGAAGCCGAGAUGAACGACUUUGCGGCCGCGCUCACAAAACCCCCGUGUGGCGCCACCAACAUGGCUGACGUGAUGUUCCUCAUGGAGCCAGCCGAGCUGGGUACCGCUAACACCGUCAAAAUCACUGAGUUUGUUUCCGGUCUCACUGAGGACUUCAACAUGGCGGACGGAAACGUCCGAAUUGGCUUGCAGACAAGCCACUGUGGCAAGGGAAAUAUCGAGCUCGGCGAGUACACAGAGUCCAGCGAACUGACGAAGGCCAUGACCAAUAGCCGCGUCUCCAAUCUUGGUCACAUGAUCAAGCAGUUGCGCACGUAUUCGUACAAAGAGGAGAAUGGCGGACGGGACCGGGCGAGGCACAUGGCGGUUGUUUUCGUCGACGACGCUCUCUUUGAUCCUAAAGAGGUCCUCGACGAGGCACGGAGAACUAAGCACCACGACGUGGAAUUGUUCGUGGUUGCAAUUGGAGACAGCGUUGUGGACAGCGAGCUCGAGGCGUUGUGCAGUGCGCCGGCGGACAGGCACAUCCUUCGCGUGAAAUCAUACGACGAGCUGAAGCUGAGCAAGCCAGAAUUUCUUCACAAGUUUUGCACUGGUCUGUAGAACGUUACGAUAUUUGGUUAUACUAUUUGUGACUCAUGCUAUUUACGAUGUGCAAUAUGACAAUUUAAAGGGAGAUUACUCAAUCGAUCUUGAAACUAAGAUCAUUUUUCCAUAUAAUGCGUACAUGGGAGAUUACUGAAUCUGUCUCAGGGAAACGAAGACAACACGAGUUGUCGACUUAUAGGACUAGUUAGCAUUAUGUAUUUUUACCAGAUCAAAGAUCUAUAAAUAUGCAUUAAUAUUUGACCAGAUAUGUAUUAGUGUUGUCUGAAAUUAUGACGUUGUAUGUUAUGUUUACAAUUAAAGCAUUCCAAACAAUGCGGACGUAUGUAUGAAUAUUGUACAUUAUUUAUUAAAGAAGUUAAAAAUGAAUUGACAGAAUGUAAGAUUGUGAGUAUGACCGUUUGUGAAACAGACGAGAUUAUAUGAAAUAUAUUUAUAAAAGUUUGUUUUCUUAAAAGUUGUAUGCAUAUUUACAUGAUAUUGUUUUACAAUUCGUAUUUAUACAAUAUUUUAUAUGUUUUUGUAAUAAAAUAUUGACCAAUUA